AGCAAGCAAGCAACAUAUUAACAUGCCGAAACACGAGAAUUCGCCCUGUUCUAACAGUUUAUAAUACCUUUAACCUUAUAGUACUACGGUACUUCCUACGAGUACUUAAGUAGUUCUUCUUUCUAGUACUUACCUACCAGUAGUAGGCUAACAUUUCGUGCUAAUCAUCUAAUGUACGUACCUGUUCUCCUUUUUGAGCCAGAUGCUUGGAUAGACACCUGCAGAGCGAAUCGUCCCAGUGCGUACUGCCUAAUUAUAACCCGGAAUCCACAGAAUGAAAUAGGAGUAAUCCCGAAUAAACUGCAGUUACUGCACGUGAGCGAGAUUAAAAUGAAGACGGCAUUCACAGCACGGUCGGAUACGUAUGUUCUGUCUGACAAUCAGCGCCACUGAUUCCACUGCGCAGUACUGACUCGGCCUGCUUCGCGAGGUCAAAUGACGCAGCUGGCCGUCUACAAGACAGCUCUGUCUCCGGCCUUUAUCGGCGCUGAAUAAUGGCAUUGGCGGGCACGUAUCCACCCACGUGAAGAAUUUCUACAGGACCGAUAGUAAUCACACGGAUCCCGAUGCACCGAGUUUUCCAAGAAAAUGCGAACAAAGGACGACGGUCAGCGCACUGGGCCGGAAGCCAGUCGCGAGACCGAGCGGGACUGAAACGACAAAUCAAAAUGCGCCGUUCAGGAGGAUCCUUCCACGGCCUUGGCGGACAGCCUGGUAAUGGAUCCUGUGCAGUCCGAGGCUCUUGCCUUUCCCCACCUGGCCCACGUCAACGGCCAGCGCGGUUCGACCCCCGAGGGCGAUAGCUCCACGCUGCUCGCCACAACGCCUGUGGCCGCCCCAGUCCGCAGUAAGGAAUCCAGUGCCGAACCCUUUAGCGAUCGCGUCCUCAAGCAACAGGCGGUGGCGGAGGCCCUGGCCUCCGCCAACAUGGUGGACUCGCUGGACGUGCAGUUCGCCAUUAAGAGCCUGGAAAACGGGUCGGGCGAUGCGUCCACUCCCACGCUCGUCUCCGCCGACACGUACUCGCAGGAUGUGGCCCGGGCCGUGUCCAGCGAAGUCUUUGGGGAGAACGGUCUGGAUUUCCUGGAAAAUGCUGGUUCGACGAACGCCAUAGAGUCAGAGUUGGCGCGUCAGUCGCUGUAUCAGAAAUUCGACCCAUAUGUCGCGGAAACUGCCCCGAGCCGACCGCUGCCGGAGCCCGCAUUCAAGCGUCCCUUCCCGCCGCAGAGCAGCACAGCCAAUCUCGACAUGAUCGCGGCCAUGCAGCACAAACGCGAUGCCAUUCUCCGACAACAACAGCAGUCGCAGUCCACGGCUGAAACGCAGCCGGCCCAGUUGUGCGGGAUUGAAUUGGCGCAACCGAAUUCACGGCCUGAUGUUGUUGCUGAUCGCGAUGCAGCCGCUAAUGUGAAAAGUACGCCUAAAGCUACUCCGCCGAUCACCCAGCCGCGGCAUCAGACGCAGACGCUGGACAACUCUAUUGCGCCGCCGAUGAAUGGUGGGGGUGGGCAACACGCUGUGGUAAAUGGCAACGGAAUGGGCGGCGAAGAUGAUGAAAAUGAGAACGCUGAUGAGCAGCCCAUACCGACAUAUCCACCGGGCAGUCUGGUUAGUCUGUCAACGCCACCGCAGCGCCCCGUGACACUGCGCACCAAGAAUGCCAAAAUGACCAGCAACAGCGUUCACCGUACCCUCAACCGCCGCUCCGUUCCCGCCGGUGUCUUCGCAGAGGGCGAGCACUUCAAACUGGCCAUGGAGGACUCUCAGCCCAGCAACUAUUCGGGUCUCCCGGAUUUGCCACCGGUGUGGGAGAAUGUAGUGGCCAUGUACGAGGGCGUGGUGCAGACGCUGCUGGCCAAACUGAAGACCUUCCAGGAGGAGACAGCCGCGGCCAAACAGCGGGAGGCGCGCGCUAUCGCCGACCAGGAGGAGAUGCACCGGGUUUUUGUUUCCCUGCACGAGCGCUUCGAGACAAGCAAGUCUGUGAUUAGCACCUACAAAUCGAAUCAAGAGAUUCUGCAGAGGGCCUACGAUGAGCUCAACGCCGAGUUCGCUCCGCAGCAGCAGGAAAUGAAACGUGUGCAAGCAGUGAACCGUAUGGUCGAGAUGAAGAACCGGCAGCUGGAAGAUCAGCUGGAGAAAAAGAAGGAGGAAAUCGCGGAAAUGGCCAAGAUUGUGGACGAUCUGAUCAGCGGCAGCAAGGAGGGUUGAAGCGCCCAUCCCUUUUCGCUGUUGCUGCCGGUGGUCGGCGGUUGAUUACGUAUUGUGUUCCUGACUGAGAGUCUACUCACUGCUGCCUGCAGACUUUUGAAUCUAGGUUUUUUAAUGUGUCUGCGCUUCUUCGUCAUUUACAGAUCUGCGCAUUGACUCAGUCAUGUUGUUGGCAAAAGCCGUUUUUUUGUUUACACUUAGAUGCAGUGUGCUUCCAAAUCCCCUGUUUUUUGCUUCUCGUGAGCGGAUGAUUACCCAUUUUUGGAAAUGUACAUUUUGAUUGGCGUUUUUCCUGUGCUCUUGAUAAUUCUGGAUUUUCAAUUUUGCAAGCUGUACAUUUUCGGUGGUUAUGCCAGAAUAAAAUUUUCUGAAAAACAACCGUA